UGAAUGCAUAUGAAUUUCUCUCAACACCAUAACAAUGAGAAAAAACUUCAGAGAAAAAAAUAAUAAUAAAAAAAAGAAUGGCACAGUUGCUAAAACCAAACCCAAACAAGUACACCCUCUCAAAAAGGAACUUUAGAGGUUCUUCUUCUUCUCCAUGCAGUAGAAGUUGUAAUAGAGUUAGACUGGGUAACAAGAAGAAAAGAUUGGUGUACUGUCUAAAACCCAAGUCUGCAGUUGUUGAUGAGAGGGAAACUAGUAGUAAAAAGAGUACAAGAACAAUUUUGAAGGAGCAAAGGAGAAGAGCUGAUGUUCUGGUGCCUUCCUCUUCUUCUUCUUCUUCUUCCUCUUCAUCAGUUGAGCUUGUUGAGAAUGAGAUUGAUGGACAGCUUGGGCAUUUGGUGACUGAAUUUGGCUGGAAAGUAAGAAGGUUGAUUGAAAAUGAAGAUGAGAUGAGAGAAGUAGCACAAGUUCAAGCUGAAGCAUUCCAUGUCCCAGUAGCUUUCUUUGAUGAUGUUUUCUUUGAAUUCUUUAAGGCUGAAGUGCUCUCAGGUCUUCUUUACAAGCUUCGGAACUCACCACCUGACAGGUAUGCUUGUUUGGUAGCAAAAGCUGCAGACACUUCUUUGGAUACGUUGUCACUGUCAGAACAAGGUCUUGUAGGCGUUGUGGAUGUUACGGUCUUAAAUAACAAAGAUGUGGUUCAACAUCUUGACGGAGCUGAAGAAUAUUUGUAUGUCUCUGGAAUAGCUGUUUUCAACAAAUUCAGGAGGCAAAAAGUUGCGACUGCAUUGCUAAAAGCGUGUGAUGUGCUAUUGAAUAUAUGGGGGUUUGAAUACCUUGCUUUACGGGCUUAUGAAGACGACUCGGCAGCAUGUAGAUUGUACACGAAUGCUGGGUACAGAAUAAUUUCUAAAGAUCCUUUGUGGACUGCUUGGAUUGGAAGAAAGCGACGUGUUCUAAUGAUCAAACGAUCUAAUUCCUGUAUGUGUCCUUGAAACCUCCAUGGCAUAUAAUUUAAACAGAAAACUAGUAGAAGGAAAGAGGUAUUGCCAAGAUGUUGCACAUAUUGGUUAUGCAGACUUUCAAGAGAUGCUACAAUUUAACAUAUGGUGAAAGCUCAAAAAAAUCACAGAGAAUUGCAGACUUCCAGUAGUAAGAAAGAAGAUGAAAUUGCAAGGCAAAAGUUCUUUAAGAGUAACCCAUCAAUAAAAGAAAGUUAGGUUUAACUUA